AUGGCCGACGCGGGCGAGGACACCGGACACGUCGCCGAGCCUCUCGACCUGGUGCGGCUGCUCCUCAACGAGGUCGUCUUUGUCAAGCUGAGGGGAGACCGCGAGCUCAAGGGGAAGCUUCAUGCAUAUGACAGCCACUGCAACCUGGUGCUGGGCGAGGUGGAGGAGACCAUCUACGCCGUCGACGACGAGGACGAGGACGAGGACGAGGUUAAGACAAUAAGCCGCAAGUCUGAAAUGUUAUUCGUGCGAGGUGACAGCGUCGUCUUGAUCUCGCCUCAGGCGCCGUUCUGA